AUGUGUGGUAUAUUUGCGUGUUAUAGGCACCCCGAUGUGCAGAAGUUCAAGCCGACGGCCUUGAAGAUGGGCAAGGCCGUCCGACAUCGGGGCCCAGAUUGGAGUGGCAACUGGAUCGCAAACGAUACGAUCCUUGUCCACGAGCGUCUGAGUAUCGUUGGUGUUGACUCCGGCGCCCAGCCACUGGUCAACGAAGAGAAGACCGUCUCUCUGGCUGUCAACGGCGAGAUCUACAACCACCGAAUCCUCCGCAAGAGCCUCAAGAAACCGUACAACUUCAAGACACACUCAGAUUGCGAGGUCAUCAUUCCUCUGUAUCUCGAACAUGACAUCGACGCGCCCCGACACUUGGACGGCAUGUUCUCGUGGGUUCUCCACGACAAGGUGCAGGACCGAGUGCUCGCGGCACGAGACCCCAUUGGAAUCACCACCUUCUACAUGGGCAGGUCGAGCGAGACGCCUGGUGCUGUAUUCUUCGCCUCUGAGCUGAAAUGCCUGCACCCCGUUUGCGACGACAUCAUCGCCUUCCCGCCCGGUCACAUCUACGAUUCCAAGACAGACAAGCUCACCCGAUACUACGACCCCAAGUGGCUGGUCGAGCCCUCCAACAUCCCCACCACACCUGUCGACUACAAGGAGCUGAGGACAGCGUUGGAGCGAUCAGUGCGCAAGCGCAUGAUGGCGGAAGUACCGUUCGGCGUGCUUCUUUCUGGUGGACUCGACUCGAGUCUGGUGGCUUCGAUCGCGCAGCGGGAAACCCAGCGGAUCAACGAGGCAACAAGGAAACGAGCUGCUGAAGGAGCAGCCGCCGCCCCUCAAGGCGAACUCGUCGGCAUCGACGACGAGAACGAGCUCCAAACAGACCUGAUCCUGGGCCAGUUGAACUCAUUCUCCAUCGGUCUGCCCAACGCCCCCGAUGCCAUCGCCGCGCAGGAAGUCGCCAACUUCCUCGGCACAAAGCACCACACCUUCACAUUCACCAUCGAAGACGGCAUCAACGCCCUCACAGACGUCAUCUUCCACCUCGAAACCUUUGACGUAACCACCAUCCGCGCCUCGACGCCCAUGUUCCUGCUCAGCCGCAAGAUCAAAGCCAUGGGCAUCAAGAUGGUGCUGUCCGGCGAAGGCAGCGACGAGAUCUUCGGCGGAUACCUCUACUUCCACAACGCGCCAGACAAAGCCGCCUUCCACGAAGAAUGCGUGCGCCGCGUCAAGAACCUGCACUUGGCCGACUGCCUGCGCGCCAACAAAUCCACAGCCGCCUGGGGCGUCGAGGCCCGCGUGCCCUUCCUCGACAAGCAGUUCCUCACCACCGCCAUGAACAUCGACCCCGCCGACAAGCUCAUCACAAAGGACCGCAUCGAAAAGUACAUUCUGCGCAAGGCCUUCGACACGACCGACGAGCCCGAGACCGCGCCCUACCUGCCAGAGAAGAUCCUCUACAGGCAGAAGGAGCAGUUCUCCGAUGGCGUGGGCUACGGCUGGAUCGACGCGCUCAAGGACAACGCCGAGCUGCAGGUCACAGACGAGAUGAUGAAGAACCCUAAGCCUGAGUGGGGCGCUGACGUGCCGGACACAAAGGAGGCCUACUGGUAUAGGUGUAUGUUCGACGAGCACUUCCCGCCCUCCUGCGCCAGCACCGUCAUGCGCUGGACGCCCACGUGGAGCAAGCAGACGGAUCCUUCGGGACGUGCCAUCUCGAUCCAUGCUCAGAAGUACGAGAGCACAGAGUAA